AUGCCACCCCGUCUCAACAUUUUCAACGCGAGGACCGCUGUCCCGGUCUUUCGCCAAACCUCUGUCAACGUUUCCCGACCCAGUAUCGCUACUACUAUCAACAGCAACCGAUCCGCCCGCCAUGGCUUGAAAACAGGCCUGUCGUCCUCGACGCGAAUGCAGAAGAGAUGGAACUCCUCAGCGUCGGGAGGAGACAACUCGGAGAGGCCAAAGGCUCCCACGGAGGACCCGUUACCUCACGUUAGCGAGGAGGCCGCGGAGAUAAGUAAGAUCAUGGACAAGAAAUGCGACGGCACUCCCGCCAGUCCGGAGUUGGAGCAAGGAACGCCUAUCUCAGAGAUCCUCCAACGGGACAAAGAAGCCCAGAAACACAUGCCAAAGGUCAUGCAAGACCAGAUCAAAUCAUCGACUGGUACUCGCUCGUUUUCGACAUCCACUCGCCGGAGCCAGGCAGAACUACAUGGCCAAGGAAAGAGCUUCGAUGAGCAGACUGCCGCAGUGAUGGCCAGCAUGAUUUCGCAGGUCAACCAGCAGGCUGAGGAACUUCAUGACGGGAUCAAGUUUGACCCUGUCGAGACUCUUCCCAAGACAGAGAACUUUCGCACAAGAUAUGACUCGCUGCUUGAACAAUUUACCAAACUCUUAAUGACGGACGGCAAGUUGAGUAGGGCCCAGAAGGAUAUGGCGUUCAUUCUGGACCACCUUCGGACUGCCUCUCCGCCUCAGCCUAACCCCAAGCGGCCUCUGCUUCCUGGACCUCCCGCCCCACAACUUCCACUGAACCCUGUCCUAUAUCUCACCUUGAUUGUCGACUCCGUCGCUCCUCUGGUCAAGAUUCGCCAGCAGAAAGGUAUCGCCGGUGGUGGUGCAUCGGUGCAGAUUCCGGUUCCGCUUGCACUGAGACAACGCCGCAGGACAGCGAUCAAAUGGAUUAUCGAUGGCUCUGAUAAACGACGUGACAGCAAGUUUGCGCAGCGAGUAGCCAACGAGCUUGUUGCGGUUGCAGAGGGCCGCAGUGGUGUGUGGGACAAGAGAGAGCAGCAGCACAAGCUCGGUAUCGCAGGCCGGUCGAAUCUCGGCAUGGUCGGUGGUCGUCGUGCCUCACCCGACGAUAUCGACGUGACCAGUCGCCCCCGCUUAUCUGGCCAGGAUAUAGAGCUCGUGGAGUAUCCUGUCCCACCCUCCACUUCGACCAGGGCCUGGCAGUCACACACCGGAUCUCAGGAAUUUGAUUCUCGACCGAUCGGUCAUCGCCAAUUACUUGAUCGUACUUCUCAAACGGGAACGCUCGGGCAUUCCGAUCCCAAUUCCCGCCAAACUCGUCAGCAAGUCCAGUGGGACAAGCCAAUUCGCCUCAAGUAUUGGGUAGAGGCAGUUCGUCGUCGCUCACGGUUUCCGGAGCCCCAGUCCAAGAUGAAGUUUUCUCAUAGUAUCCAAUUCAAUGCGGUUCCCGAAUGGAGCUCGUACUAUCUUGCGUACAGCAACCUCAAGAAAUUGAUCUACACUCUGGAACAACAAGUCCGCAAAGCCGGUGGGCAAGCCCAAGCUGAUGUCGAGUCGGCUCCUUUGCUAGAUAGUACUCCGAAUACCGAUGCGAUAUUUCGGAAAGCUCUAGACGCUGAGCUAGAGAAAAUAUGCACCUUCUACCAGGACAAAGAGCUAGAGAUCCUCAAGGAAGUUGAAGAGGUGAUCAGAGAUGCGGAGGAGUAUGCUUCGGAGGCCGAUGGGAUUAAUGUGGACCCAAUGAGCGAGCAUAUGACCAAGACAAGGACGAUGAGUUCCGGUUCUCGGCGGCGUUCUGGAAAUGGGUAUCAUGAUUUCCCACUAAAUCAAGAUCGGCGCCGUAGCAGCGCUACCGACUCCGUCGUGGAUGAUGAUGACGACGCCGAUAGUGACGACGAACAUUUGUCGGUGCAGAAUGGGAGGCGCGUAUCUCAUGGCGCCGGUUCUACUAAUCCUGAUGAUGGUCGAACAGAUUACAUGGGCGAAUCUGGCCAUAUGGGAGAUUCGAGGGUCGCGAGAUCUAAUAGAGCUCAGGUUGAGCAUUUUGGUGAUCCAAAGGUCUUAGAACUGUACAAUUCAGGGCUUUCUUUGAAGAAACGGGCAGUGGAUGCAUACGUCUCUCUUUGUGGGCUGAAGUCGUACAUUCAGCUGAACAAAACCGGGUUCUCAAAGGCUUUGAAGAAGUACGAUAAGAUCCUCGACCGCAGCUUGCGACGGGAGUACAUGAACUCAACUGUCUCCUUGGCUUAUCCAUUCACUGAGUCGACCAUGUCAAGGGUGGAAACAGACAUCCGCAAGAUCGAAAUGGUCUACGCGGAUGUUGUCACGACCGGUGAUUUGUCACUCGCAAGGCGAGAGCUUCGGCUACACUUGAGGGAGCAUGUAGUCUGGGAGAGAAACACAGUCUGGAGGGAAAUGAUUGGUAUUGAAAGGAAAGCCCAAGCUGCGAACGUUGGUAUCCGUAGAACAAUCCUGGGGGGAGACGAAGACCCCGCAGCUGCACGACGACAAGGUGACGAGCAGGAAAUUUCUCUUACAGAGUUUAGGACGCCUCUGGGCGUCUUUCACCCUCCACAGUGGUUAUGCAGCUUGAGCUUUGGAACUCUGGUUCUUGUCCUGGCUGUGUUUGUGACAUUACUCACAGUUCCAAUAAUGGACAAGCCUGAGCAGCAAAACUGUUUGGCAAUGCUGAUUUUCGUCAGCUUGCUAUGGGCCACAGAGGUUAUUCCUCUCUUUGUGACGUCUCUGCUGAUCCCUUUCCUUGUUGUCUUGCUACGCAUCAUGAAAUCGGAAGAGAAGCCUUACAAACGUCUGGGGCCUAAAGAAGCCACUAGUGCUGCAUUCAGUGCUAUGUGGACUCCAGUGAUAAUGCUCUUGCUUGGCGGAUUCACCAUCGCUGCAGCCUUGUCCAAAUAUGACAUUGCUCGUCGGAUGGCAAUGUUCGUCUUGAGCAAAGCUGGAUCCAGCCCCCGUGUGGUCCUUCUCACGAAUAUGUUCGUGAGUAUGUUUUUGAGCAUGUGGAUUAGCAACGUGGCUUCGCCCGUCCUCUGCUAUUCGAUCAUCCAGCCUCUGCUUCGGAAUCUUCCUCCAGAUUCGAACUUCGCUAAAGCUCUCGUGUUGGGAAUUGCACUGGCCGCGAAUGUUGGGGGUGCUGCCUCACCGAUCGCCUCACCACAAAAUAUCAUUGCGCUUCAGAACAUGCACCCGAGCAUCAGCUGGGGCACGUGGUUCUUUGUAUCACUCCCCGUCUGUAUUAUCUCCAUCCUGCUGAUAUGGGCUCUUUUGGUGUUCACAUUCCAUCCUGGUCGUGGCACCACACUUGUCCCCAUUCGGCCGGUUAAAGAUAAGUUUUCUGGGGUCCAAUGGUUCAUCAGCAUUGUGACCCUGUCUACCAUCGCCCUGUGGUGCGGCAGCCAUCAACUUGAGCAUGUCUUCGGGGAUAUGGGCGUAAUAGCUAUUAUCCCGAUGGUCCUUUUCUUUGGAACCGGCAUUCUCAACAAGGAAGAUUUCAACAACUUUCUCUGGACCAUUAUCAUCCUGGCCGCCGGUGGCCUUUGUCUUGGAAAGGCUGUUACGUCUUCCGGUUUGUUACACACUCUCGCGAAUGGCAUUACCGCCCGUGUGGAACAUCUAAGUCUCUAUGGCGUCUUGAUUGUGUUCUCCGUCCUGAUUCUUAUCGGCGUCGGCAUGGAGGAUCCACACCCCAAUCUGUUGGUGAUGGCUAGCGCUCUUAUGUGCUCUGUUGCUAUGGCUUUGCCGACCAGUGGUUUCCCUAACAUGACCGCCAUUAUGACCGAGGUUCCGCAAACCGGCCAACGAUACCUCCAAGUCCACCACUUUUUUACCAGGGGCAUCCCUGCCAGUCUGAUGGCGUGGGCCGUUAUCGUCACGAUCGGCUAUGCUCUCAUGUACAUAGCUGGGCUAUGAUAUGACCUCUGGCUCCCUACACUCCCUUUUCUCUUUUUUUUCUCUCUCUCUCCCCAAAUGAGUUACGAUAUAUAUAUUAUUCACAUUUGGGAGGUUAUGUGAUACCUUUUUUCACAAUAUGAGGUAUAUUUAGGGCAUCACAAUGUGUGGUAGAUGGAGUACAAAUAGAACGGUAGAAAGGGUAUACUUAUUUCAAACAUAUACUGGUCU